ACUGCAUCCUCCUCUCACCAGUCAAUCCCUCGUUGGUAAUAGGCCAGUGCCGAUGCUAUUGCCAAUGCUAAUGAUCCUGCGGGAUUCUACCUCGACAGGAACCCAGCAUGUCUGCGAGAGCUGCGUCUAGAGCAAUAUCCAGCCGUCUGUGGCUUGCGCAGGCCAAGUCUGGAGCAUCUCAGCUUAAUAACGGCUUCACGCUUGGUUCAGGUCAAGCUUAAUAUUCCCACAUUGGGCAGGUGCAGUGGAGCUGUUGCUUGAUACUUCUAAGCAUCGAAUUGAAGACGUUACUAAGCCAUGGCAGUCUAGUCCUCGGAGCAGACAUGGUUGCUGGUCUUGAGUACCUACCUUGGAGGUAGGUUAUAUAACUAGGAUUAUGACUAACCAGUCAUGCUGGGAGAACAAUUGCAGUCUCGUUUCCACAGAUCACCAUGGCCGAGUCACCGUCUACGGAGAGCAAAGUGCUGUCGCCAGAGGAGGCUGCGGUGGAGGAGCCUACCAGGCUGGCGAGACCCCGAUGGCUGCUCAUCUGCGCUGGCAUCUUCUCCGCCAACCUGAUGUACGGGCUGGACACGACCAUCGCGGCGGACAUCCAGGCGGACGUGGCGGCGACCUUUGACAACGUCGCGCAGCUGGGCUGGCUGGGCGUUGGCUUCACCCUCGGCUCGACCGUCGCCAUUCUUCCGCUGGGCAAGGCGUUUGCCCUUUUCAACACCAAAUGGCUCUAUUUCGGCUGUCUGUGCAUGUUCGCCGCGGGGAGUGCCUUGUGCGGUGCCGCGCCGUCGAUGAAUGCCAUGAUCGUUGGCCGCGUCUGGGCCGGGGCGGGCGGCGCAGGCAUGUACCUGGGAACACUCAAUCUAGUGACCAUCUUAACCUCCGAGAAAGACCAACCCUUCUACGUCAGCCUGAUCGGCUUCACCUACGGCACCGGAUGCAUCCUGGGCCCCGUGGUCGGGGGCCUGCUGGCCGACAGCCCGGCCACCUGGCGCUGGGCCUUCUAUCUGAACCUGGUCAUCUUCGGUGUCCUGUCUCCGGCGUAUGUGCUGGUCUUGCCCUCUCUCCCGCGGCGGUCGGAGGCCUCGUUGGUCGAAAAACUCGCCUCGCUCGACUGGUUGGGCACGCUACUGACGGCCGUCGUCUACGUCUCCUUCACCCUCGCCUUGACCCUGGGCGGGACCAGCUGGGCGUGGAGGGGUGGCGCGGUGGUCGCCCUCUUCGUGGUCUUUGGAGUCACUCUGCUGGCCUUCUGCCUCACUCAGGCGUACGCGGUGGGCACCAACCCCGUCGACCGGCUCUUCCCCUGCGAGUUCCUGCGCCAUCCCCGGCUCGUCCUGCUUUACCUGUGCAUGGCGUCCGGCGGCGCCGCUCUCUUCGUCUCCACCUACUACAUCCCGCUCUACUUCACCUUUGUGGCGGGGGACAGCGGCACACAGGCGGCCGUCCGACUCCUCCCGUUCAUCUGCUGCUUCGUCGUGACCGUGCUCCUGUGCGGGGCGUUCAUGGACCGCCUCCGUCGCUUCCCCCCGCGUGCCUGGUAUCUGGCCUGUGGGAUCCUGAUGACCGCCGGCGGGGCGGGGAUGUACACCGUGACGCAGAACACCCCGCCGGCACGCAUCUACGGGUUCUCCGUCUUGCUCGGGCUGGGCAUGGCCACCACGCAGGCCGGGUAUGCGCUCGCGCCGCGGCUCGUGCGGCCGGAGCGCGUCGCAGAGGCCAUCCAGUUCAUGAACAUCGCGCAGGGGUCCAGCCAGCUGAUCGGGCUCGCGGUCGCCAGCUGCAUUUUCCAGACCGUCGGCUUUGCCGGGCUCACGCGCGUGCUCGCCCACACGGGAUACACGCACGCUGACAUCCGGGCGGCCUUGGUCGGGGCGCGCAGCGAGAUCCUGCAGACCGUCAGCGCGGGGCUCAAGGUCGAGUGUCUGCAGGUCAUCGUCGACACGAUCGAUGACGUCUGGGUAAUGGUCAUCGCCGCCGGGGGGUUCUGGACCGUCUGCUCGUUGUUCUUGUAGGAGGUGUUCUUUCUGCCAGGCACAACUCGCCGUUCUUCCUACUCCUUCACUACGGAGUACUCUGCACCUGUAGUUAGUUCCUUUGCUUAAUUCUAGUAAUUAUAAAUUGAUUACCAAUCCUUGGCACUUUGUGAUCCUUGGCGACGCGCAAGAC